AUUCCCUGUCAGAAAACACGGCACUCGUGCUUCAAGCAUUGAAGGAGCUAAGAUCGAUAUUGGUCCUUCAAUAGAGAUAAAUCGCUUAAUGUUUGACCACAGUGUUAUAAGCAAAAAAAAAUGUUGGUUUAAUACACAUAAAAGAUUUGUACGUCCACGGUUCAAUUCUAAUAGAAAAAUUGUGUGGAAAAUUUUGAUAUACUCUGAAAGGAAAUUCGAUAAAAUUAGUGCCAGGGAUUUGCAGAACUGCCUUUAAGACGUUGGAAUUUAUAAACGGGAUCAAUAAGUCUGCGGUGGAGAAUUGACAAACCAGGAUAAGAUUACAGUCCGCCAUUUUUAGAAGGAAAUGAGUAAGGUGGUCGGGGAACAUAUUUACUUAGUAAUAUAAAUCUUUAUAUUUUUUUUCUUGUUAAAAUUUUAUAUAACGAUAUUUCAGUGUUCAAAAUGGGUACCGUGUUAUCAUUUUCACCGAGACCAAGGAAACCGGCGUACGAGGAGAUUAAUUUGAACAAUUUUAAUUACGAAAUUCUAAACAACACAAAAAAUCCGACGCACCAAAGUAAAGAUGUGAAGGACAAAAGUUUCAAACGUCAUACGAUAUUUCUGAGCGGAUUAAGUUGGAAAAAAUUCACAGUAAAUGGAAGUAAGAAGAAGGAUAAGAACAUUUUCAAACACUCCGCCGUCGGCUGUUUACCCGGAAAAGUGGACAACAAUUGUAACAUUGAAAAUAUAAAUAUCAACAAAAAUAUACAGAAAUCGGUGUCAUGCUACAACCUAAAAGCACCAGAAUCCCAGCUUCAAAAUCUCCGACUCAACAACAAUGAUGUAAAUAUCAACAACAAUAUAAACAAUAAUAUCAAAGCUUUGAAUGGAGUCGGUAAACCGGAAAUACAAUUGGUAAAGAAAGUCGACAAAAGCACAAGUCCCCGGAAAACCGUCAUCCAAGCGUCAACGUCAGAGUUAUUGAAAAGCUUGGGUGAGUUUUUGUACAGGCGUUGUAAAAAAUUGAAGCAUUUUGAAGGUAUGGACGCCAUCGUCUGGCUACGCACAGUUGACCGCUCCCUGCUGUUACAGGGCUGGCAAGAUAUUGCAUUUGUCAAUCCAGCAAAUGUUGUUUUUGUAUACAUGUUAGUUCGAGAGAUGGUCCCUGUUGAUAUGGAUGACGAGAAUGAGUUGCAGGCGACUGUUUUAACAUGUUUGUAUCUAUCCUACAGUUACAUGGGAAACGAGAUAAGCUAUCCCCUCAAACCGUUCUUAGUCGAAGACAGUAGAGACAAGUUUUGGGAUAGAUGUUUACACAUUAUAAAUACACAGAGCGGAAAUAUGCUUAAAAUAAACAGCGAUCCAAGCUUUUUCACUGAAGUCUUCACAGAAUUGAAAAGUUAUUCUCCCCUGAUAUGCUAGCCAACAUAAAACAAUUUUAAAGGAGUUGCUUUUACCUGUGGGAGAAGUUGCCAUUAUUGGAACAGCCUCAUAACCGGAAGUUGGAGAAAUAGACUUAAGAAUCGAACAAUUUGAUAAUCUGCAGGAUUAUACCGGUGGAAAUCAUGACAUUAGACUAAAAUAGUGACCGUAAGCAUUAUUUAACAUACAAUAGUUACCCGUGCAUGUUGUAACGAAAGGUUCAAAGGUCAUGCACGUGAUUUUCACCCAUUGCUUCGUGCCAAUAUGUGUACAAUUGUCGUGAUAAAACUGUCAUUUAUGAUUUUACAUCAUCUUUUUCUACUGUAGGUAGUUCUGUU